UCUUUUCCCAUUUUACAGCACUUUUCCAGUCACAGCUUUAUUUAUUUGAUGCUGUCUUGGCUUUCAAAUGGUUGUGACUGUGCGUUACCAGUAGCUCCCGUCCGUACGGUAUCGUUCGAGUCAGCAAGGCCGCGAGCGUGCGGAUGGACGUUCCUUACACCGAGUCCAGCCGUUCGCUACGCUCUGCGUGCAGGUUGGAUCACGUACAACAUUCCUGUGCAGAGAGUGCGUUUGUUUACUACAGACUUGGAAUUGUAGGCAAUGGAGAAGUCCAAGAGCAGAUGCUGCUGUGACCAGAAGAUUCUUCAAAAAUCUUCUGAAGCGUGGAAGGAGGAGUGGUGGACUGCUUGCAGAGAGAAGAAACUAAUCCUCAGAGCUGAUUGCCAUUAUAGAUACUUCCUCUACAGUCUGAUAUUCAAGGCUUGGAGAGCCUAUACGUGCAAGCAACAAGAAAAGAGGAAUAAGAAUUAUAUUGCAAAGUCCCAUGCGAAUAAACAGAAACUACUCUGGACAUGGCAACGCUGGCUGAUUUAUGUUGAUGUUCGAAGAACAAAAUAUGAAAUGCAGUCUGUGGCACUGGCAUUCCGGAACAGAAACUGUUUGCGCAUAUCGUGGGCAGUGUGGAGAAGGCGACGCUACCAGAACUGUGCUGGACGUAAAAUGAAUGUUUUGGCUCUGCAGCAUUGGGCCCAGAGUCUUCAGUUCCGAGCUUGGCUGCAGUGGAGAGAGCUGUAUUUAUAUAGUCAGAGUGAGAAGCAGAAGGAGAGUAGGGCAGUAACUCACCAUCAGCACUGGAAACUGAGGACAUGUAUGGAGGCAUGGCUGGGAUACUUAAACCUCCAAAGGACGAAGAGACGUCAGAAUGAGCUGGCUCAGGAGCAUCACCAAGGAAGGGUAGUCCAGCAGUGUUUCUCAGGCUGGCGACUGUCAUGGGAGUGCAGGAAAAGAAUGCAUGCUCACCAAAAGCUCAUUGAAAAGCUAGCAGCAAAGAUUGUCUUAUGGAGAGUCUUUGCAAGCUGGAAGCAUUAUGUUCUGUGUGUGGAAGAGGCUUGGCAGUGUGAGCUGGCUGAAAAACACCACCGGCAUCAUUUGUUGCAAUUUGGGCUUAAGGGUCUUCGGCAGAAUGUCAUGAAUGCUCGUCUUCAGCAAAUGAGAAAAAAUCUGGCAUACCGUCAGCAUCAAGUCACAGUGCUGCAGAACUUCUGGAACCGUUGGAAGUCACGUCUGGAAGAAAAGGAAGAAGAACAGCAGCAGGCUUUAACAUCAGUGGCUCAUACCCAUUACAAGGAGGUAUUGAUGAGAAAGGUAUUCGACAGGUGGUGGCUGAGGGCAUGCAAGCAGCAAGAAUAUCGAAUGGGAGAGAAGAGGGCUGUAUUUCAUUUUGAGAGACGACUGUUGGUUUGUUUCUGGUCCUCCUGGUGCAGAAGAACAAAUGUGCACCUAGAGGGGCAAGAGGACUUGGUUCGUGCCAGAGAUCACUAUAGCUACAUGCUACUGUUAAAGACUUUCUGUUUGUGGAAGCAAAAUACUCAGGAGAGAAAAACAGAGAGGCUCAAGGAGAUGCAGGCUGUACAACUUCACUAUUCAAAGUGUCUGCAGCGAUCUUGGAACAAAUGGAGAGAGUAUGUGGGACAUCAGUGUGAGAAAUGGAAAAAAUUGGUGCGAGCAGACAUGCAUUAUCAGCACAUGUUACUGGGAAAGGCCAUGGCAGGUUGGAAGAAUUACCAGCAUAACAUACAGUGCAUUCUAUACCAAGUAGCUGAAAAGGAGAAACAACACACUAGACUACUGCUGCGACAGCUGCUGCAUAUAUGGAGAGAAAAUGCCCUUGCUCUUGUACAUGAAGCUAAGGCAGCAACUCGGGCAGAUCAGCAUUACAGGAGAGUGAUCCUGUCAAAGAUGUUGCUGCUGUGGAGGGAUGCUGUCUCACUACAAGUAUAUUGUCGUCAGCAGAAGCUGGCAGCUGUGAAGAAGGUCAGAAAGCAUUUGGAUAUAGUGCAUUUACAGACCCUGUUUCUUCACUGGAAGAAAUUCACUGCAGAGUCUCUGAGGCUGAAAGCUAAGCAGGACAGGGCAGUGCAGCACCAUCAGCAGCACCUGCUCCGGAAAUACCUGGUGAAUUGGAAGAAAUACCGUCAGCAGUAUAUUGCGAAGAUGCUUCUACAGAGACAGGGUUAUCAGCUAAUGACUCGGAGACUUUGCUCUAAUUGCUUUUCCUGCUGGAAGAAACAGCUGGUGCAGCGGCAAUGGGAAAAGCAGGAGACAGUGCAUGCGUUGUGGCACUGGUCCCUUUCAUUGCAGAGAAAGGUUUUCAGGGCUUGGCUGGAAUUUGCCCGGGAGCAACAGCGGAAGAAAGAUCUCAUUGAAAGAGCCAUAAGAGUUUACCACACUACCCUUCUGAAAGAAGGUAUAACCCGGAUCUUGAGAUACACCGCUAGCAUGAAACAGUUGCAGAGGCAGCUCCAAGCUCAGGACCAGCUGAAGGCAGCCUACAACCUGCACCAGUCAGUGUAUCGUUGUGCCAUGCUCUGGAAACAGAAAGCUCUCUACAAGAAGUUAAAUAAGCCGCCUUCUCUUCUGCCACCUCUGAAGAAGCAAGUAACGUUUAAGGUGCCUGAUGCUAACCCUGAAACAAGAGGAUGUUCAGCAGAGGAAAUGCCACAGCCCUCAAAAAACAAUGAUUUACCAUUUCUGCUUGCUGCUGGGGACUCAGUUCUCAGAGAGCUAAAUGCUCUUCGACAAGCAAGGUUACCGCCACGAAGACCUGACUUCCUUCUGGAAUCUUUAGAAAAGGAGGAGGAACUGCUGGGAAAUUCUUUUACUAGAUCAGAGACAUCCUUUCAGCAAACAGUUGUGAAUAAAUGUUCUGCUCAGGCUGGGCCCUUAAUGCUAUCAUCUCAAAUGGAAGGAAGGACCUGCAAUCAGCUGUCUCAAGUGGGCAGUACUACUCACGCCUACCCAUCUCUUGUAUGUGCUGCUCUCCCCUCUGCAUCAAUGUGGACAGGUGACGUGCACCAAGCUGUUCAAAUCUGUCCGAGGCCGGAGCUGUGGCCUCCUUCAUCAUUCAUGUCCCAAAUGAAAGCUGAAGCAGAAAAGAGAGGAGGUGAGCCUGUGGAUGGUCACACAGAAGCACAUUUCCAAGAUUCUCAACUGACCCCGGUGGGGGAGAAAUUGCGACCAAAGUUGCAGCCACAUCUGCUGUCACCUGAAGACUUUGUGGGGAAAAGGGGUCAUCAAACUGCAGCUGAAGGGGAAGAAAAGGAGCAUAAUUCCAGAGAAGAAAGUGUGUUACAAAGACAGCUGGAAGCGGAGCUCCAAAAUAUCCAACAGCAAAUGCAGUAUUACUUCAGCAGGAAGCAAGAACUCAAGUCCUGUCAGCAGCAGGCACAGAUUCUGCACAAGUGGCUGGAAACAAGCACACAAUCAGAGGACGAAGAUGGCAUACAAGAAGUACAAGAAGAAUUGGAUCAGUUGGAGAUGAGGAUCAACACUCUCACAAAAGCACAAGUGAAAGAGAGACAUCAUGUACAGAAGUUGGUUGCCCGUCUCCAUGAUAUUCACAUUGCUCUGGAUAUGUAAGGCUGAAGCAAUCUUCCAGCACGUGGUUACUGGGAAAACAGUGAAGACCACUCUCAUCCUUCAUCAGAAGGCUGAAAACUUGGAGCAUGAUCUACAGUUUUCCCUGUUAGAAAAUGAAAGGUUAAAUUUCCUACCUAGGAAUGAUUCUUUUCAUACUGCCCUGCCCCUCUUCACUCACGCACACAUACAGCUUCACCUUAACUGUGUUUCGAGGCAGCAACGACCUGCUAUUAAGGAGGGGGCAAAAUCUGCGUUGGAAAUCCGUUUUGAAGUUUCUGCCACUAUUGAAGCUUGUUUAGCACCAUGCUCUCCUAGCACCACUUUGAGGUGCAGAGACUCAUAUCCACACACUCUGACACUACUCCUCUACAAAAGAUGUAAUUAACUUCACCCUAGUUUCAUUUUUAAGUCCUGUGUGAUGACUACUGUUAUCUGUCAUCAGAUAGGCCCUCAAGAGAGAUCAUGGUAAAGGACUCGGAGCUAGUGUCUAGUCUCAGCCCUGACAGAACUGAAAGAAGCCUUCUAGUACCAGCUGAAGAUCCAUCUAACAAAAGGCCACAGGCUACUAAAAGCAAGUCAAAUAACUUUUUUACAACUUAGUAAUGGGUUUUAGUGGUUAAUUAUCCAAUGCAUGAAAGCACUUUCUGUAGUUCUCUUUAGUAAUGCAAAGAUGUGGUUACUAAGUCUGCAGAUAGGUAAGCAAGUAGCUAGCUAGAGCAGACCAGGAAAUACUAAUAAAGUAAAUAAGUAAGUUUUAAAAGACAGCUGAUUACAGUACAAACCUCAAGGACUUCAACUCCUAAAUAGUUCUUAAAAGUAAAAUAUAUUCACUACACAGAUUUUGGUUAUAAAAACAUUUGCUUUGCUGUAUUGGAUCCAAUCGUAGCAUUUCACUCAAACUCCCUUUAUUUUAAUCAAGCUCUAGCUUUAAUUUGAAACUUGAGAGACUUCUCAAAUCUCUUGGCAGAUCUUUGUCUCUCCCUUAGGGUAUCUCAAACCAAAUCCAAAUUCUUUUUGCUACAUAUGAAGAAGUGUGUUUCCUUCUCUUUUUUUUUUUUUUUUUUUUUUAAUCUGCAAAGGAGAAGAGGACAAAAACAUUUUAUAUUAUCCCAACUCCAGCAGACCAACUGUUUAAGUUAUGACCUCUUUCCAGUGCUUGGCCAAGAAGAUAUAUUUUAGACUACUGUUUGCUGUGAUCUGUCGAGCUAUUUUGAUUUCAGAUGCAAACUGAAUAAUUCUUUUCCUGGGAACAAGUCAAGUCAGCCUGCAUCAACAAUUAUUUAAACGAGUUAGGACAGCCUGAAUACAAUAUUCCUGUUUUCACCAUUCAUGUAUUUGUACUGGCAAUAUAUACCACCUUAAAAAAAUCA